AUGGCUGCACGCGUGGUGUACGGGAAGCUGCCAGGGCGCCAAGGAAGCUGCAAGCGAGAGUAUGAUGAAAAUGUUCGCAACCUGCUGUAUCGGAGAUCAUGCCAAUACACGCAGAGCGGACUUGUGGAUGCCUCUGUCCUCGAAGCUGAUCUCGUCGAGAGGAGAGUGGUUAUGCAGCAGAUUGAAGAAGCCAAGAAGGAGAAGGUCGAGACAUACACCGCCUCAGCAGGCAACGAGGCUCCGUAUAGACCCGAGAUAGCGAGUGCUGAGGAGAUCCCGGUGACUGUUUCCUUCCUCCGCAAUGCACAAGCGGAGAAGCUCUGGCAGGGAAGAGAGGACUUCGCGAUCGAUGGUCGCAAGUUCACAGCUGUACAUCUGCUGCGCCAGUCCCUUGCAGCGGUCCAACUCCAGCCGCUGGCAGGCAUGCUGGUCGCUGGGGCGCCAGGACAGCAAGUCCACAAAGGCUUAGGUCAGAAAGGCUUCAUCGCUGUAGGGGCCAACGUCAUCUGGAGACAGAGGGAGGUGGAGUGGAUCGUCUCCUCGAGCUGCCCAGAGGCGAAUGAUACAGCAUUUCGAGCUUUCCGAGAGAGCGAAGCGAUGGAGGGAGUACACCUGACUCUGUUCAGCGAGGACCCGAAGAUCAGAGAGGCGCUCGCAGUCGAGUUGACAGCUGAUCGCUUUGUGUCCAGAAAUAAGUUGAAGAAGGCAUCAAGGAUGCAGAAGAAGGCAGGCGGCAAGGACGGCAAGGAGAUCAAGAUCAUCAUCAAGUCGACGGCGGCAUCUGGUCGCUUCACGAGGAAGGAGAUGGAGGGGCUGUGCAACGGCGGCAACACGUCCAUCGCAAGAGUCAAGAGAGUCUUGUUGGAGAUCGCUAACAGGCUCGAGAUCAACGUUGAAGGCUGGUUUAGGGUUUAG